GUGUGUUUGUGUGGAAACAAAAAGAUAAAAAAUUGCUCGAAACGCUGCGUUUGUUCCCCAAACAGAUAUUUAUAAGUAAAAAUCGCAAGUAAAUAGUGCAAUUCUAUUAUUUGGCCGUGCUGCAUGAGCCGGCGCUCCGAAACAAAGCGGAAACAACGAAACGCACAGUGAUAUAAGCAAAGUACAAAACAGUCGCCGCCUGCCAGACAAAGGAAAAGGAUAGAGGAGGUGAAAACGCACAUACAGUAUAUAGCUAGCGGCACACUCAGCACUCACGAUGUCAACCGGAAGGCCCAUAAAAUGUGUUGUUGUUGGCGACGGCACUGUCGGAAAGACCUGCAUGCUAAUCUCCUACACGACAGACUGCUUUCCCGGCGAAUAUGUGCCCACAGUCUUCGACAACUACUCGGCGCCCAUGCAAGUGGACACAAUACAGGUCUCGCUGGGACUGUGGGAUACGGCGGGUCAAGAGGACUAUGACCGCCUGAGACCGCUCUCCUACCCGCAGACAGACGUUUUCCUGAUAUGUUACAGCGUGGCGAGUCCCUCGUCCUUCGAAAACGUCACCUCGAAAUGGUAUCCGGAGAUAAAGCACCACUGCCCCGACGCGCCCAUCAUUUUAGUUGGCACUAAAAUCGAUUUGCGCGAAGAUCGAGAGACACUCAGCGGUCUGGCCGAGCAGGGGCUGACGCCGCUGAAGCGCGAGCAGGGUCAGAAGCUGGCGAACAAGAUACGCGCUGUGAAAUACAUGGAAUGCUCCGCCUUAACGCAGCGCGGCCUCAAGCCGGUGUUCGAGGAAGCGGUGCGCGCGGUGCUCAGACCAGAGCCGCUAAAACGACGCCAGCGAAAGUGUUUAGUUAUGUAAAUAAGGUAGCAUGUUAUUGGCUUUGACAGAGUAAAAAGAUUCCUCGGAAGCGACACGUACACCGGCGCGACGUCCGGCACACAUAGACACUCAUGCAGCGCCCGCAUCGAACAAAUCAAUAACAUAAAUUUAUUUAUAAAAGUUUCAAAUUUCUCGUAAUGCAACAAGCCCUAAACGGUCCCCGUAAAAAACUCUAUAGCAACGAUGGAUAUUGCCAUCAGAAUUCGUGUGAAUUCUCUCGUUGGUUUUAAAGAUUCUUUUGCGGAUCGUUGCGGUCUUUCGGCACACCAUGACUCCCUCCCGCAAAAACUGAAACCACAUCGUUAACAAACUCGGAACCACAGAGAAAUCAUAAAUCUAAUGCAGCUACAUAUGUAGAAAUCUAGUCAAUUGAAUCGAAUGUAUUGUACUAAUAGUAUCAAGCAAAAAGAGAAAAUUAUAUGAACCGCAGCCAACUCGCAGCUAAAAAUUGGUUUCGCAUAUCACGAGCAUCUAGCUUUUCCUAAUUUCCCAUUAAAUGUAUUAUAGUUAUGUAGCCAUGAGCUGAAGCUUACCAAAACUGAAACCAGGCCAAUUCACUUGACGACAAGCUCUUAGAGAAAGCCACCUUUUAUAAUAUUCAAGCAUGCGCAUUUUUUUUUAAUCUAACUCGACCCUCGAAUCAUUAUCAUAAUCACUUGAAGCUCAUUUGUCAAUGUCUUUUGAAAAUGUAACAACUGUUGUUUAUUAUUUUAUAAUGACUUAUUUAUUACCCUAACUUUAAAACGAAUUGUAUAAACAACUUUUACGGCGUAGGUAUAGCAAAAGGAUUAUGUAAAUGGAAGGGCAACCAGCUGCAUUUAAAUGUGACGCGACUCGAAUAAACGAAGAAACAAGAAUCAAAACGAAUAAAAAACCUAAAGAAACCAAGAAAAUCACACAAUUUUCCAAAAAAUACAAAGAGCAAGCUGAUAAAGUUGAGACGUAACGAAAUCCCAGGACAAUUUUUGUACUAAUUAUACAUAUAUAAAUAAUUCUAACGCAAGUCUUAUGUAAAUGAAACGUAAACGAAGGCCGUUUGGCUCCAGAGAUGUAGCAGCUGUAAAACUGAUUUAAUACUUACGAAAAUAUAUACUGUAAUUAUUUAAAGAAACAAAAA